AUGCUGCCUCUCCUGCUCAUCUGUCUCCUACCGGCCACCAAUGGGAAGAACUGCCUCCGCUGCUGGCCAGAAAUAUCUGCCUUGGUAGACUAUGACCUGCAGAUUCUCUGGGGCACCCCAGGGCCCCCUGUAGAAGUCUCCCAAAAUCGUGACCACUUGGAUCAAGAAAUAGCCAAAUUCUUCACUCAAGUACAUAGAGCCAUUAAAAGGUUACAGAAUGAUAAAACAGUACUUCUGGAAGAGAUUCAGAUACGCAAGGUGCUCUUUAUGCAGAACCUGAACAAAAUAUCCGCAGGGCUGAAGGAGAAGGACAUACACUUCACACUGGAGGUGACCAACUGUGCCAACUGCAAGACUCACCCCCUCUCCUGCGGGGACCCCACUCUUUGCCUAGUCAGGACCCAGAGGCCCUACACAUGGGCUGUGAUCCUCUGCAGUGUUCUGCUCCUGGCCCUGGCUGGAGAUGUUACUUUUUCUGACACAGGAAGAAGAAAGAAGCACCAUUAA